AUGGACGUCGAGAGGCUUUUGUUUGCGGGAACGAGCAUCAACAGAAAGCGCUUCAAAAAGGAUAUUGACGUUUUCAAGGUGCGUGAGCAGACGACAACAGCAGGAGCAGAAGCUUCUCAAACAGAGAUUGACGUUUCAGAUCGACUGGAUGGUGGAGCGUCCGGCGCGUCUGGAGGAGAGGCAUCAGAGAAGAAGAUGGACCCUGUUGAGCAUGCAGCAGUGCUGCGCAAGCGCCAUCGCAUCCACGUGUCCAGCCACCUGGUGACGGCUCCGCUCGAGUCCUUCCAAGAACUGGCCGACAAGUACAACUGUCGGCGGCGCAUAUUGCGCAAUCUGCAGGAGAUGGGCUUUGAGCACCCCACGCCAAUCCAGAGGCAGGCAGUGCCGCUGCUGCUGCAGGGGCGGGAGUGCUUCGCCUGUGCGCCCACGGGCUCCGGCAAGACCGUUGCUUUCCUGCUUCCCAUUGUCAUGGCCCUUAAGUCCCACUCACCCGACGCCAUCAGAGCAGUGAUUCUCGUGCCGACUCGCGAGCUGGCGCUGCAGAUAUCGCGGGCGCUGAAGCAGCUGGCAGCAGGCACGAAGCUGAGGGCGCGGCUGCUGACCAAAGCCACUGCCAGCUGUGUGGAGCUCAAAGGGGCGGCAUGCGAUGUCCUCAUCGCCACUCCCCUCCGGCUGGCCCACCUGGUGGCUGAAAAGAAAGUUGACCUGAGCCGAGUGCAGCACCUGGUUCUAGACGAGGCAGACAAGCUGUUUGAGAUGGGCUUUGUGGAGCAGAUCGACGGGGUCGUGGCGGCCUGCUGUCUGCCCGCCCUCACGCGCUCCCUCUUCUCCGCCACGCUGCCUGAAGCCGUUGAGCAGCUGGCGCGAUCAGUCAUGCAUGACCCUGUGCGGAUUGUGGUUGGGGACAGGAACGCCGCAGCGGAGACGGUGCAGCAGAGGCUGGUGUUCGUGGGCACGGAGGAAGGAAAGCUGCUGGCGAUGCGGCAGCUGCUGCAGCAGGGGGUGCGGCCGCCGGUGCUGAUAUUCGUGCAGAGCAAGGAGCGCGCCCAGCAGCUCUUCUCCGAGUUGUCUUUCGAUGGGCUGAAUGUUGACGUCAUUCACGCUGACAGAUCCGUGGCGCAGAGGGAGCAAGUGGUAGACGCGUUCCGCGAAGGCAAGAUCUGGUUCCUGAUUGCAACGGACCUGAUGGGGCGAGGCAUGGACAUCGCAGGGGUGAAUGUGGUGGUGAAUUAUGACUGCCCGCAGGCCACUGCUGCGUACAUCCACCGGAUAGGCCGCAGUGGCAGGGCAGGGCGGCCAGGCGAGGCAGUGACGUUCUAUACAGAGGAGGAUGAGCCAAACCUGAAAGCCAUAGCCAAUGUGAUGGCGCAGUCUGGCACUGAGGUGCCGGCUUGGAUGAAAGCUCUGCCCAAGAAAAGGCUGCGGAAGCACAGGGACGGAGAGAAAUCGGUUGUCUUGCCGCCUAAACGAGCGCCGAUUUCAACGCACCCUGCCGCGCAGGCUAAAGGGGUGAAGCGCCGAAAGGUAACAGCAAAUAAAGGCGACCAGUCUUAG